CCCGGACAGCCCCCUGUCCGCACGGGAAAGUCCGGAGCCGCUGGCUCGGGAAGCGCGGAGCCUGAGGCCGGGGAGCCGGAAACGCCAUCGCCGAAAUACGGACCGGGGUUUCGGGUUCCGUUUCCGGUUCCGGGUGAAGGUCACGGAGGCGGAGGCUGCGACAAGAUGGCGGAUCCGCGGCGGCCGAACAAAAUCCUCAGGUACAAACCACCCGCCAGUGAUAAUAACCCAACCCUAGAGGAUCCAACUCCUGAUUAUAUGAACCUGCUUGGGAUGAUCUUCAGCAUGUGUGGUCUGAUGUUAAAGUUGAAGUGGUGUGCCUGGAUUGCUGUCUACUGCUCUUUUAUCAGUUUUGCAAACUCGCGCAGCUCAGAAGACACCAAACAAAUGAUGAGCAGUUUCAUGUUGUCAAUUUCAGCAGUGGUGAUGUCAUACCUACAGAACCCGCAACCCAUGUCCCCGCCAUGGUAACACGCCAGGCCCCUCCCUCACCCCGGUAACACCAUGGUAAUGGGCCAGGCACCUCCCUCACCCCGGUAACACCAUGGUAAUGGGCCAGGCACCUCCCUCACCCCGGUAACACCAUGGUAACGGGCCAGGCACCUCCCUCACCCCGUUAAUACCAUGGUAACGGGCCAGGCCCCUCCCUCACCCCGGUAACACCAUGGUAACGGGCCAGGCCCCUCCCUCACCGUGGUAACACCAUGGUAACAGGCCAGGCCCCUCCCAGGAAUGACUGGUACUGCAGCCACGCCCAACCAUCACACUUGCAUCUCUCCCUUCCUCCAUCGGUAACCCACCCUCUCCUCUACUUGGUUAUGGCCACAGAUGCCCCCCCUCUCCCAAGUCCCCGUCUUGAUAGCAGACUUGACCCACCUUCCUCCUCACUCCCAGGGCAGCAGACAUGAUAAAACCCUUCUUCUUCCCUGGACAUGGUUUGUGUUGUACAAAGAUCAGGGGAGAAGCUGUGAGAUUGUUGAACAAAUAAACUUACUCAAACUUGGAAAUAAAAUCUAAUUUAUCA